CAUAGAAAGUUGAUGUAUUCCCCCGCGCGUCAGAAAAGCAGCGACGAGUUAGCGCACGAGCCGUUGAAGCUAGCGCGCGAACGGAAGCGUUUAGUGUCGUAUUUAAGAGGAAAAGUCUGAUGUUUCGCCGUUUUCGGACGAGCCAGAGCAGCACGCGCUAACAGGGAGGGGUUUUAAGGGAAAAUAAGCAGGCGUUUCAUUUGCAUUGCUCGCGCACUCAUUGACUCAGAUGGCGGCUACAGUGGAGGAGCUUUACCGUAACUACGGCAUCCUUGCCGACGCCAAGGAGGACCUCAGUCAGCAUAAAGAUGCAUACCAGGUUAUUCUGGAUGGUGUGAAAGGAGGCCCAAAGGAGAAGCGUUUGGCUGCACAGUUCAUUCCAAAGUUCUUCAGCAGUUUUCCAGACCUGGCAGAUGCAGCAAUUAACGCACAGUUGGAUUUGUGUGAAGAUGAAGAUGUAUCGAUUCGCCGACAGGCCAUCAAAGAACUUCCACGCUUUGCUGCUGGAGAGAAUUUACCAAGAGUAGCAGACAUCCUCACACAACUACUGCAGACAGAUGAUGCAGCAGAAUUCAACCAAGUAAACACAGCACUGAUUUCCAUAUUCAAAAUUGAUGCUAGAGGGACACUUGGAGGUCUUUUCAGUCAAAUUCUACAGGGAGAGGAUGUUGUACGAGAAAGAGCCAUCAAGUUCCUCUCUGCCAAGUUGAAGGCAAUGCCAGAAGAAACCCUGACCAAGGAAGUGGAGGACUUUAUCUUCACAGAGACAAAAAAGGUUUUGGAGGAUGUGACUGGAGAGGAGUUUGUGCUUCUGAUGCGGGUUCUGUCCGGCCUGAAGAGCUUGCAGACGGUGAGCGGGAGGCAGCAGCUGGUUGAGUUGGUGGUGGAACAGGCCUACCUGGAGCAGGCCCUCAACCCUGCUGAUGCUGACAGCGUGGACCGCCUGCUGCAGUGCACUCGCCAGGCACUUCCAUUGUUCUCAAAAAAUGUACAUUCCACUCGAUUUGUGACGUACUUUUGCGAACAUGUUCUGCCUAACCUCAGCAUGCUCACCAGCCCUGUGGCAGAACUGGACAUCCAGCUUGAAGUUCUGAAACUGCUGGCUGAGAUGAGUCCGUACUGUGGUGACAUGGACAAACUCGAGUCUAACCUUAUGAUGCUGUUUGAGAAACUUCUGGAGUUCAUGCCUUUGCCUCCUGAAGAAGAGAAUGGAGAAAAUGCUGGGAAUGAGGAACCAAAGCUCCAGUUCAGCUAUGUGGAAUGCCUGCUCUUCAGUUUCCACCAGCUGGGCAAAAAGCUACCAGAUUUUCUUAUUGACAAGGUCAAUGCUGAGAAAUUAAAAGACUUCAAGAUCAGGCUGCAGUACUUUGCACGAGGACUGCAAGUGUAUAUCCGCCAACUCCGUGUGGCUUUGCAAGGCAAAACUGGUGAUGCUCUAAAGACUGAAGAGAAUAAAAUCAAAGUGGUGGCUUUGAAAAUUACCAACAACAUCAAUGUCCUAAUCAAGGAUCUCUUCCACAACCCUCCGUCCUACAAGAGCACUGUCACUUUGUCCUGGAAACCAGUGCAAAAGACCGAGGCGGCGGUGGCAGCAGCAGCAGCAGCUGUUGUGGGACAAAAACGCUCUUCUGGAGAGGAUGUGCCUACAGGAACCAUUGGAAAGAAAGUUUCCCCUUUGCCCAGGAGGGAUGCAAGACAAAUAUAUAACCCCCCGAGUGGGAAAUACAGUGCUAGCAUUGGGAACUUUACUUAUGAGCAAAGAGGUGGGUUCAGAGGCGGCCGGGGUAGGGGUUUUGGAAGAGGAAACAGAAGUCGAGGGCGGAUCUUCUGAAGGAGGACUAUAUAAACAUUUUUAGACAUCCAUCUACACAGCUGCAGGUCUGCCACAUGCCAGCAUCUCUACUGUUCUGACAGCAUCGGUCCUAUUAGUCUCCCCAUUUACCACUUAUUGUACUUUUUCCCCUCUCCAGGUUUGUUCUAAACGUAGUGCAGAAAUCAUACUUAGUUUGUGUGUGACUUUUACUUUUUUCUUUUUUUUCCUUCCUCCCUUUUAAUUUUGGUUUGGUUGUGUGCUUUUUAUGUUUUGUUUUUAUUUUAUUUUAUUAUUUUUUUGUUGUUGAGGAUAAAAACAAGGCAAUUGUGUAAUAUGUACUUUCUGAUUGUAUUUGUACGGUGGCAGAUCUUUUGUAUUUUUUUUUUAAUCUUAUUUUUUCAGUGUUUUUGUUGGAUAUUGUCUUCACAUGACUUUGUAAGAUACAUUUGUUUUGAUCUGCAUUUUAUUAUAAACCAGUCCAGUCAAAAAAAAAAAAGUCCUGUCAUUGGUAAUUUUUGCAAAUAUGUAUUUAAGUUUAUAACAGAUGUACUUUGGGCUUUGCAAUUUUUCAUAAGUAAGGAAAGGAAGUGUAGUAUUUUUAGUGAUGUAAUCCUUGAUAACAUUUGUCUUAAUAGAUGGUAGUUACCACGAUUUAGCUUCCAAUACUGACUGAUUACAUUUUUCAGGUAAAUUUUUCAGAUUUGAGGAUCUAUUUUGAAUUUCACAUUUUUUUGCAUGCAUAUUUUACAGCAGUUGAAAUAGGUAUGCAAGUAUUUUGAAUAAAAACAAACAAUUGUU